GGCAGCUGCGUUUGUCACUCUCAGCACACUUUCUGUCUUUGUUUGUUUCUUGUCGUUUUUUUUAUUUUUUAUUAGAAGGGCCCUGGUUGUAUUUCCUUUUUUUUUAUACAUGUACUGGUUUCCCAGAGCUGCAAUGACUAGCUUAUCAUCAAUUUGCUGUGUAUUUAGUGUGAGGACUUCCUACUGCUAGUCAUCUGACAAGACCAGUAACAGAACUGUGCCUGUGCUGACGGGCAGAGACCGAGAAGAUGAGGGGACUAAGCCUAGUUGUAUCCAUGCUUCUCCUGCUGAUCUUGGUGGCUGUCUCACAGAGCAACAAGUCUUUACCAUAUUCAGACAAAGCAGCAAAGAUUUCAUUGGAAGUAUCCACACGUGAUUCUUGCAUAGGAUGUGUUCUCAUAGUGUCCCUGGUGGAACAACUUGCUCAAGUACAUAACAGUUCAGCACAAAAGGCAAUGGAGUUCCUGUGUUCUUACAUGCCUGAGCAGGGAGGUCUACAAGGCAUCUGUUCACUCAUAGCCGAACUCUUUGGACCUGAUCUAAUCAAACUGUUAAGUCAAAAUCUGAAAGCAGAUGUCAUAUGCUAUGCAGUAAAGCUGUGUAAAGCUGAACCACACAAGCCUGUCUGUCAUCUAUAUGAGAAGCCCAUGAAUGGACUAAAAAGAACAAUCAAGCAAGCUGAAAAGAUAGUGAGAACGUCUAACUAUAUGCAAAACUACAAAACCUUCUCUGGAGUUCUGUUGAAGAUUUGUUCACUUCCGCUGUUCAGAAUGAUUUGCCAAACAAUAGACUCGUCAGUACCAGCAGAAGACUAUGACCAGGAUAACUUUAGUGCAUUUCCUUCAUUGCGAGGAUAUCACUGGAGAGGAAGAGAUUGUAAUGACAUAAACAGCUCCAUUUAUCCUGGACGAAGCCCCAAAGACUGGGAUGCUCUACAGGAUUCAAAUUGCAAUGGAAUAUGGGGAUUUGACCCAGAAGAUGGACUCCCAUACGAGAAAAAAUUCUGUGAAGGUACUGACUCAAAGGGUAUUAUAAUAUUAGGAGACUCUGCCGCUGCUCAUUUCCACAUACCCCCAGAGUGGAUGACACCGUUGACUAUGUCUAAGAGCUCAUUUUCAAACAUGGCGCUUGCUAUUUCUAAUGAAUUUGACUGGCCUCAGUUUUCUUUGUACACUGGAUUUCAGAACUCAACAAUCGGGGGAUGGACACAGUCAUUAUAUCUACGGUUAAGAGAAUGGAACCGUUGCAACCACAGAGAUUACCAGAACAUAGCUAGGAAUGGAGGAUCAUCAGAAAAUUUACAGAAAUAUUUGAAAAGUAUGGCGAGAGAUCAGCAACUCGAUAAACCUGCAAUAGUUUUCUAUGCCAUGAUUGGUAAUGAUGUGUGCAAUAAUUUACCAGACACACUGAAACACAUGACGACUCCUAAGGACAUGAAGAUUAAUGUCAUGAAGCAACUGGAGUACUUGGAUAUGAAUUUGCCUAAAGGAAGUCAUGUGAUUUUAAUGUCACUAGCAGAUGGACGUUUUCUCUGGAAUAACUUACAUGAUAGAUAUCACCCAUUAGGACAAUUAAAUAAGGACAUCACAUAUGCACAGUUUUACGGCUUCCUGAGCUGUCUUAAGAGUAAUCCAUGUGAAGGUUGGAUGAACAAGAAUGAAACUAUUCGAAACCUAACCACAGAGAGAGCUGAGCAGCUAUCCAGUGUUCUCCGGGAAAUAACAACCUCUGUAAAGUUCAGUAACUUUGAACUUGGUUACUAUGAAAAUCUGUACCAGAAAGUGAACGCCAAAUGGGAGCGUUUUGGCGGAAAUCCAUGGGAUCUCCUGGAGCCAGUAGAUGGAUUUCAUCCUAAUCAGGUUGCAUCAGCUAUUGGAGCAGAUCUGAUAUGGGAGGAGAUAUUACAAAAACAGCCAGAAAUUUUUGGAAAACAGAAUCCUUUCAAUCAAGAAAUUAUACAACAAUUUGGAGAUCAAGGUGGACACUGAUGAGAUGAUUAUGUGCCACCAGUACCUGACAUUUCAGAUUUCAUUCUUUCACUAUUCACUGUUGUAUAAAUAAAAUGUAUUUUAUCAUACUUAA